UGUUGUUUUUUCUAAUUACAUUUUAGCCGAUGAGGCAAAUUCAAAUUUACGCUCAAGAACGAGUUAAAGAAAAUUUUAAGAAUAUUAAAUUUAGUUUUAAAAUUCGAAAUGACCACUCUGCGACCAUUCACCUGCAACGAUAUGUUCAAGUUUAAUAAAGUCAAUCUCGAUCCCCUCACGGAAACUUAUUGCCUGUCGUUUUACAUGCAGUAUCUAGCUCAUUGGCCGGAGUAUUUUCAGGUGGCCGAAUCGCCCAGCGGAGAGAUAAUGGGCUACAUUAUGGGAAAGGCCGCAGGGCAUGGCGAAAAUUGGCACGGCCAUGUGACUGCGUUAACCGUUUCUCCAGACUACCGCCGGCUCGGUUUAGCUGCCACGCUUAUGAACUUCCUCGAAGAUGUCUCAGAAAAGAAACGUUGCUACUUCGUGGAUCUGUUUGUGCGAGUCAGCAACAAGGUUGCAAUCGACAUGUACACAAAGCUCGGUUAUAUCGUUUAUAGGACAGUACUGGAGUACUAUGUGGGUGAUCCAGACGAAGACGCAUACGACAUGAGAAAAGCAUGCUCCAGGGAUGUCCACCGGAAGUCGGUUAUUCCCUUGACACAUCCAGUCCGCCCCGAAGAGGUGGACUGAUAGUGAUGACGAAAUUCUAAUUGAUAUGAAUUCUGAAUGAAACAAUUGUAUUGUGGACUUAUCAAAUAA